GUUAUCAAUUUGUUUGUGGCUGUCAUCAUGGACAACUUUGACUAUUUAACCAGAGAUUGGUCAAUUCUCGGUCCACACCAUCUCGAAGAGUUUGUCCGCCUAUGGUCUGAGUACGAUCCCGAUGCUAAGGGUAAGCUUACCUUAUAG